UUUAUGUGGCUACAGAAUUAACUUCUCUGUCAGCUACCCCCAUAAAAUACCAUGUACUGGUAAUAUCAGGUCUAACACCAAAUACUAGUGGAGAUUUUCUGCAGAGAAGUGGUUAAAAAGCCCACCCUUAAUUAUGCAAAACCUUUUUAGAAGGAAGACAAAACUAAAAAACAAAAACCAAUCACCUCAUUAAAGUCCUUUAACAUAGUUAAUCAGGGCACAAAUACAUGUUUCAGCCACAGUGUCUCAGCGCUGCAGAGACUGUGCAGAAAUGCCCCAACAAAAGAAGUUAAAAUAUUACAUAUUACACACUCUGUCUUUACAUUUUAGGCUUAAUUUGAUGUAUAUUUCGUCAGACAUUAGGGUGUUCUGUUAGUGUACAAAAAAACACACACAAACACAUAAAAAGAAGUCCUGAGACAGUUUUCCAGAGGCAUUCCAGUAAUUUUAAUAUCUUUGUCUGAGGGAGAGACCAUGCAACUUAAUAACUGUGCAGAUUUAUUUUAAGUUAUGAGGGUUAAGUCAGAGUCAGACAGUCAUAGUGCUACUUCAGCGAAAUUUCACUGAAUUAGACUUCAGUUUCUGACACUACAUGCACCAUGCAGCUGCAAACACAGACAGUAUUUCAUGUCGUCCAUGGUGGGGUCUGCUAUUAAAUCUUUUAAUACUCACUAACACCCCCUGGUGGUCAAACAGAUUAUUGGCUCCGGAUUGGCUGUUUUAAAACGCAACAGGCCAGAGAAACACGCCCCCUGCUGCCCCAAUGACCAGCCGUCCACACCUUCAUCAUCCAUCAGCUUCAUCAGGUCCAUCAGCUUCAUCAGGUUUAGAUUUAUAUUUCACCAACUCCAUGCUCGUUUUAAGAGGACAGCUUUAGGUAAGAUAUUGAGAAUAAUUGACAGUUAAUAAGAUUACUCUGGUAUUUUAUCUGAAGUUAUGUGACUUUAUGGUGUUCAGAUCAUAUCUUUCAAAUGUUAUUCAGUUCACUGACCGAAAAAAACACGUCUACAUUAGACAGAGGUUUAUACUUAAAACAUAGAAAUCAAAACUUACCUGAUAUGAAAGAGAUUAAAUUAGCUUUACUAUUGAUUAAAACAAUAACGACAUGGUUAUAUCCUUAGUUCUAACUAAAUAUUUCUGCUUCUCUGCCGUUCAAAAAGCCCCCACCCAAAAUAAUAAGUAAAAAUAGCCAAAAUAAAUGUUAAAUCUAUUGAAAUGACAGUUUAAUACUUUAAAAAAAUGAAGGUUUGUGGAGAGAAAAUUGGCGCGCUUCUGCUAGCUUAGCGACUAGCCGUUAGCUAAACUGAAUAAGGAUCCUUGUUUCUACGAUUUUGGGUCGUUAUUUCACACAUUUUAGGAUAUACUUAUAUCAUUUAACACCCGCAUUUUAACUUCCAGAUGUGUCACCACUGGAUGGUAAGCUAACCCACUAAACUGGGGAGAUAUAUUCAGAUUAAACAGAAUUUUAACUCUGAAUUAUCGUUUGUACACAGUUCAGAUCUGGUUUUAUUUCUCUGUAGAUAAAGUUGUCAGAUGAGCAAAACCUAAACUGUCUAUUUAAAGAGCUUUUCGUGUUUAAGUCUGUUAGUGUAAUCUUAAAAACCUUUUAAAGAAGACACAGUUAGCUCUAAAACAAGUGUAUGUUUUUGUAACACUGAGUCCUUUUUAUUGUCUCCUCUAAAAAUUGACCUGUCAUUGUGCUCUCUCAUCCUGGACUUUAAACUUUAUGUUCUCCGGUCAAUACAGACAAUUUUUAAUCUUUAAAGCAAAUCAUAAAUGAGGCACAACAAUAUUCAUUAUUUCCUAUCAUCACUCAUGCUAAUAUUCCUAAAUUCAUACAGAAACCAACAUGAGUAACUAUAAUGAGUCCAGUACAGAAUAAACCUGAAAAGCUGUUUGUUAUGAUCAGUGAAUUCAGUGACUGUCUAGUUCCUGCUGUUUCUGAGAUUUGACUGUUUUUUUUCUGCCUGUUGUUCAGUCUUAGUCUGACUGACUGUUCUUGAGGUGCAGCUUAACCUGAUCAUGUUAAAUCAUGUUCUUGUUCAGCUGAUCUUCACCAGUAUCAUGCCCAGCUGCUGUUUUCGCUGUUUGUUUACUACACCCUGAAAUGAUCACAUGCACCUCCAUCACUGGUGGUGCUGCACAGGCUUCCAUUAUGUGCGCAUGAUCAUUUGUCAUUUUCUCAGCCAUAAAUACAGGCAGACAUGUUUAUAUCCGCUGAUAACAUGACCACCUUUUUUCAGCAUGAAUCUAGCUAAAGCUGACUGAUAUAUACCGAUGAUAUGAUGGAUUCUUAUAUUCAGAGAAAACGUGUUCUGGCUGUGAUGGUUUAGGGGGUGAACUGAUUUUAGCUUUUGUAUUCAAACAGGUAUUUUAAUUUCACAUACAGUUAAAGAUGCGAUCUAACAGUAUUUUAAUAAAGCAUGUUUCUGCUGUGCAUCUACUGGAUACUGUACCAAAAAAACAGACAUAUUUCUCCCUUUACGUGUGAAUUUUCCUUUUGUUAUGAUCCUGAGAUGUUUCCCACGAAAAGGCGCUUUUGUCUGAGGCGCUAAAGAAGCAGCAGCAUCAAUUCACUCAGUGAGAGGCGGAAAUACAACACAACACAAUAAUGACUUUCAAAGUAAAAGAGAGUUUUUGUUCAGGAAUUCCCAAGCCGAACACGACCAUGAACAUUGUUAUAUUCACACUAUUUCACAGAGUUCAAAGACAUCAAAACAAUAGUUUUUCUGACUUAUCAGACAAAUACAAAGAUGUCACAGUCACCUUAAUUUAAACUUGCAGUUUGUCUUAUGAAUGUAAGGAUGUCUAACCCAUGUUCACACGGGGCCAUCAAUUAGACAGUAGCAUCUGUUUCUUCAAUGUUUAUCAACAUGUCCUCCAAGGACUUCAUUGUGGGCUUCGUGUCCCACUGGACACCUAUAUUCACACGGUUCCUCUACCCUAAUAUUGAUUAACAUCAACAUAUUUUAGCAUACAAUUUCAGGGAACUCUUAAUGUUUCAUAGAGUUAAAUAUAUUAUCCAUUCAGACUGUCAAAAGUUUAAUUGUAAGAGGGCUACCGGGCAUCCCAUCGCAGAGGUGUCUGUCCAAUGCUCAAAUCAGGUAAUGAUUGAAUCGUUAAAAAUGCUUACCUUUUUUGGUGAUUAAUCCUGUUCAUGAUGCCAAAUUGUAAGGAUGCCUAGCCCAUGUUCACGCUUUAAAGAAUGGAAGGUCCACACGAAUGAUCAUUUUGAGAAGCUUUACUGGUUGCAGAUCUGGGUUACAGCUUCAUCACGCCACAAGUGUAACAAAGACUGGUCAGAGACUGUUCAAGUAUAUUUAGCCGUUUCCAAACAUUCUGCUUGAAUCUUGUUGACCUGAAGGAAAGUCCAUGUAGAAUAAUAACAAAGCACGACCUAUUUUGGGAGCCUGAGUGAUGUUAAACAUGGGUAAACAUCGGUCCUUGGUGAGGAUGGUUGUCGGAGGCCGAUGGCUCCAGAAAUCUAGGACCAAAGUAUCUGAGGUAUUUGAGUGACACAGCUCCACCACCCUAAAGGCCGACAGGACUGACUACAGAAAAUCACCCUAACACUAGGUUCGGGUUAAAGGGGCAAAGACGGUUUUAUUGAAACCACGAUGUGAAUGAUGAUGGUACAGGACCUGUCAUGUUCCUUUAGUUUAAAAGCGAAUCCAAUCAGGGGACUUUAUUUUGAAAGGCAAAGCCGGAAGUGUAAGUCGUGUGUCCCAUGUAAACAGACAGUAUUAGAAAGGGCGGCUGUAGUAGAAGGGGGGAGGAGGGAAUGGUAAUAUGGGAGGAGGAGGGACAGGGGGAGAGUAUCAACAGCAGGACAAACGUGUAGUCAGUCUGCUCCUCUUCUUUUUCCGAGGAAACUCUUCAAAAUCAGCUCUUCGUCGAAGGAGAACAUCCUCCUCAUAUUUAUCAGAUUAAUUUCUAAUAUCUGAAGAUUUCGGACAUUUUCCUCAAGUUUCGUACAAAGACCUUUUCGGACCGAGAGGCCAAAGCGUGGAAAGUUUAAAUGGACUUCAGAUGGGCUGGUGUCGGACUCAUGAGGGUGGACUGGGUCAAUGGAUGUAAUUGAGUUUCGAUAAUAAGUCAUAUAAUAACCAUGGAUUUAUGACCCAUUGAUUUUUCAUUGACUGGCGAUCCACGAGCGGACUGUGGGAGAAAAAUGUGAUCCCUGCGUUUUCUUUCUUUCUUUCUCUCUUUUUGUUUUAAAUUAGUCUUUUUAAUUAAUCAGAUUUACCUCUUAUUAAAGGAGGGACUGUGACUCCUCGGUGUGAUGAGAAAGAAGAGCAUCUAUGGAUUGACAGAUUAGACUCUCAGAUCCAAGUGAAAAAGUGCCUCGAGCAAGGUAAGGAGCAGAGCCAAGGCAUCCACGAUUAGACCCGUGUUUCUCCUGUACUCUCGUGUUUUUCUGUGUAAAAUUCACGGCUGUAUGUCUGAGGUUGGCUGUGCUGUGGCCUCUUUUGUUUAUGUUUACUGUAUCAGGUUCACCGCUCCUAAUCUCUCAGAUUUUAUUCUCCUAAAACCCUGCUGAAUAGGUUUAACACCCUGUAAUGACCCAAAAAGUGAACCCUGUACUGGGAUUAAAAUAGUGAGAACAAUGGUCAUUUAUAUUGCUGUGAUUUAUUGAUUUAUUUAUUGAUGAUUGGUGGUUGAUUUUGAGCAUCAGGGCUCCUUCUCCCCUCGGCUGGUGUCAGACUCACUCAGGCAGACAAAAGAUGCACCUGUUUUUCCUUCUUUAAUGGGACGUCUGGUGAUAUGGAGGUCUGAGCAUUACAUUCUCUGCAGGGGUGCAGAGAUAAAGAGCUUGUGGCUCGGUGUGUGCUGUAAAUGUAUCAGACUGUGUUUUUGCCUGCUGCUCCACAUGGUGCAGUGUGGCACCAUGGCACAACUUGAUUUGGGAUAUUUUGGAGAGAGCUCUGCAGCCGUGUUGUGCUUUUGACAUGAUUUCUCUCCUUUACUGUCGCCCUGUGUCUCUUCUGUGUCUCUUCUGUGUCUCUGCUGAUACUGGUUGGUGAAAUGAGGUGCACAGAGGCAAACAUCCCUCCUGGUUCCUGUAAUCCCUGGCGUGGGGCUGAAGGACUGUAUAGGUCCUCUGUUUACUUUUAUAAAUGUAAGCUUCCUUGUUAAUCAGCUUUAGGGUUUUAGUCUUAAUGUGUUAUUUUCUCAUAAUACUCCAUAGAAAACUCUACGCUUUCGAUCUCCUGUCUGUCACUAAUUUGUAAAUCAGUUUCUGCGUCUGCUGUUGAAUUAUUUACGAGCUGACAGCUACAUUCAGGAGGCAGAUUUUUGCAUUUUCCUUCCAGUUAUAAAAGUCUGAUGGAUGUCAGCUCAGGUUUCUUUUUUACACGGUGAUAUGAAACAUUUGAGUGUUUAGCUCGCCUUGACACUUCACCAACAUGCUGUACUGUUUUAAAUCACCGUAUGGGAAACGGCGCCCUGAAGGCAGGCUGUCAGGCAGGAGGAAAGUGAUUGUAUAGAGCAGCAAAUUAUUCAUGAGUUUGAAAGUGGUUCCUCCAAAAUCAGUGUGAGCGGUCAGUCAGAGUCUACAGGACAGGAAAUGCAGAUCUGCGCCACGGUGUUGAAACUCAGAGUCUGGUGCAAAUAAAGGUUGUGAUUUAUGAAGUUUUAAUGCCAUGUAGAGGAUUAAUGUUUACUGUUGUCUUCUGAAUGUGUAGUACAUGAGCUUUCAUUCUCCACAUCUUGGUGGAAACAGAUGAAGCAAAAGUAGAUCAGCUCUACGUAAGCACAGUCCAGGCCGUGCGUUCACACUUCGUCUCUUCAGUUUGUUACCGUUUUGCCUUUUGACCCUCAGCUGCUCUCAGUCUGGCGUUCAGGAUAGGCUGCAUGUCUUGGAAGUGGCCUGAUGGGACUGACCCGCUCCUGACGGGGAAGGACAGGGACGGACAGAGACUCAGGACUUCUGUGCUGUGAGAAAAUACACUGGUGUGUGUGUGUGUGUGAGUGGGAGUGGGAGUCCUCUGCCCUUGGUGUAGUAAAAGCAGCUCAGUCAGUUUUUCUGUGUGAGUGACCCCCCCUUACAUAAAUGCUGUUAAACCCUGAAGCAGCAGCAGCACCAUGUGUUACUGUAGGUUACCAACCAUCUCUGUGUUAAUCCAUAUACAGUAGGCUUUCCCCGUCACGAGACCAGGGCUGCGCUCCCGUGCACAGCGUGUACCACACUGUUCAUUUCCUCCAGCGACAGCUGAAGUCAAUAAUGCUGCUGCUGAAUUAGGUUGCUGUGCCAGAAUCAAAAUCCAUGAAUUGAUCGCUGAUCUGUGGAACCAGUUGAGACUGAAUUGAAAGUUUACUACCUAGUAACCCGAGAGUUUCUGUGCACGAGUUGAGUAAAGCUUUGCUGUUGUUGGAUCGGUGAUGUCUCCGUCUGGGAGUGAGAUCGCUCUUUUGACCCGGGAAAGUUGGUGCAGGAGUCACACCUGAGGUUCCUGUUGUACUCUGAGACUACGGCCUGUGUCGGGAUUAACGAGGAUUACUAAGAGAGUAAUGCUGCUUCUUAUCAGGCCUGUAUCUGUCGCGAGCAUCACUUUGGGUGCUGCUUAGGUACUGAGGGAUAACAGACACCCUGACACUGUCAGGGUCAAAAGUGCAAAGGGACACCCAUUAAUGAGGUGGAUCUGAUUUAAUCAUCUAUCCAUGCAUGUGUUAUGAAAAUAAGAAGAGAGAGGAGGAAAUCUUAUAUCCUUCCGUUUAUAGACAAGAAGUACAAAAGUUUAUAUCCACAAAAAAACCCCAAUAUAAGAGAACUAAAUCAGGCAUUUGUCUGAAGGGAAAGAAGAGAGAGAAACAACAUGAACUCAGGGUUCAUAUCAAACUUACCAAAGUCAGGAAGGACUUGACUCUUCUGUCUCACAACUGUGUCAGUAUUUUCUUUAAUGUGUGGAUUCCUCAGGUUAAUCCGAUGAUUUUACUGUUUUAUUGGGAACAUUUAACCUACAGGUGGUCUGUUCUCCUCAUAACGUUCUCCUAUGACGAACUAAAUCUGUAAAUUAACUGUUAAUGAACCACGUUUGACUUGAAAAACAAUGAAAGAGAUGUUCACAUCAAUCAAACCCUGACAUUUAAGGAAGAACAGAAACUCUUCUAAUAAAUCAGUUUAAACCUCCUGAUCAGUUCAUUCAGGAGGACGUUACCUGCUAAAAAACUGAACAUCAGACCAUCGAACCGUCUGAACAACACUUAAUCUUUCUGCUCGUUAUUCAGUGAAAUGUGAUGUUUUAACUGAUGGUUUAACUUUAACUUAUUCUGAUGCAGCUGUUACCAACAAAGUCUGCAGAGAUGAAGGUGUUGUUAUUCUGUUUGGACGAGAAAUCAACAAACUUCAUCGCCGUCACUUCUUCACUGGGAUAAAAUAAGUGCAAACAGCUGUGUGAUCUCUACACAUGUUCUCUGCACACACACACACACUGAUCCAGUUUUUGGUGACUUGAUUCACUCAUGAUUGACGUCUACACACGGCUUGUUGAGAGAGUGUCCUUGAUUUGCUUCGCCAAUUCGAACCCUAAUUUGAUUAGACUAUUAACACUCAGAGCAGAAGGGCAGGAUUAGUCUGGGGUGUUACAAACGGACCGUCCAGAAGGCUAAGUCAUGGCGACUUCGAAAGCAAUUUGUGUCAUUGAAAUCCAGAGAAACGGCGGACUAGUCAGCUCUGGCUGCUCGAGCCGUUUAGUGCUGAGGCAGUGAUUUUCUACUGACUGUGUGUGUGAUCGACUUUCUCCAGACCGAGUGAUGAUUGGAGGAUUUAUUCUUCAGUCAUUUGGGUUUUAAGUUUGAAGUUAGUUUAGUUUAUUUACACAUAAUGGAAAAAAAGUAGGAAGUCUUUAAUAUUGAGCAAAAGGGUUACGAAGACGGACGAGAGAUCUAACAAGCAGCAGGAUGGACGAGUUAAGAAAGAAGAGUGGUGUAGUUAUGAGUCUGCAGGAUAUUUAUAACCAGAUGAAUGUUUUUAAUACUUUCUGAAUAAUGAUGAUAAAGCUGCUGAUGUAGAUGUUCUGUAUGUGGGUGAAGUGCUCCUCUAUAUUCCAGUGUGGACCGAUUAAAGGAAGUCUCUGUUUUAUGCCUGACUGUCUGAGAAGGACUUGGAAAGGUUCUGGAAAGUUCUGGGCUGGUCUUCAGUGAAGGGCACAUAUAGAAACACAGAUUUGAUGAGUGUCGACAUUAAAAACCGAUAAAAGUUUGUACUUCCUGAAAAGAGGGAUCACUCAUCAUCCUCAAAAACAAAAUGUUUUUCAGACGAGUGGGACGAACGUCUGCCCACCCAGGACAUCCUGUAAGGAUGAAUUUAAGUGACGGGUAAAUGUUGGCGUGCAGCAGCUGAUAAUUCUGUCAAGUUUUCCUCUCAUGCUCCUGUGAGGAGAUGAGGGUGUGGGAGUAAACCCCUCUCGCGUACACGUGUGUGUGUGUAAAUGUAAAUGAAUCCAAAUCCACUCCUGUGUUUCCUGAAGUAAAUCAUCAUAUGUGAAACACAACAGCAGUUCCAGAUCAGCGGGGUUAUUAUUAGAUCAGUCCGAUGAGGCGGUGCAGAUCUCUGCUUGUUUCCAGACGUGUGAUAGACUCUGUGUUUUAAUUCAAACAGCUGGGAUCUUUGUGUGCCUCCUGUCUGUGUGUGUGUGUGUGUGUGUGUGUGUGUGCACGUCAGUGUAAUGGUCCCUCGCUCUGCUCUGCUGCCUCAGGAAAUAACCUGGUUGUCUUCUAUCUUCCCCUGCACCUGCAGACACAACCCCCUCCAGGUUCCCCCUGUGAAACGUCGGCUCAGUGUGUCUGUCUGCAUCCUCCUACAAACCCGCCACGUAAUGUUGAAGCUCUGCAGAGAGAGCACUUCUCAUCUCCAAAGUUACCUGAGGUUUCGACACAGGCGCAGUUUCAGAUGUUUGGUUGGAUCUGGAACUGUGAUGCAGAAACCAUCAUAGUGAAUAUUUUGACGUCUUUAAUGUUUGAGAAUCAGUCUUGUUAGUUCUGACUCCCCUGCUGACUGCUGAGAUGUUUGCUCAGUCGGGGUGAUAAUCCUCCCCUCGUCACAAACAUUGGGCUGAAGUUCUUCUGACAUGCAGUAAUCACCAACUUACUUCAGCUAUAAUUCAUGCCCUACAUCCCUCUCCUCUUUGUCAGCUUUUACCCUGAACAUCACCUCACUUUGCUGGUUGUCCUACAUCUCCAGUCGGAGCAGAAGUCAGCUCUGUGUUGGUUGGUUGAAUGCCUCAUCAUCUUCCUGCCGCUCUAUUCUGAGCCGUUUGUUAAUCAGAGUGCAAACAGGACUGCUUAGAAACCGGCGAGAGCGCGUCGUCAUGUGGUUCUCGUGUUCCUGCAGGACUUUGGCGGUUCUGUUAGCGGCUAAUAUUCAACACUGCCUACCUGCUCUCUAAGAAUAGAGCCCCUCUCAUGUUACUUUAAAUGAACUCAGAGUAAUAAGUGUGUAUUAGAGGGACUCACUUAAGGAGGGUGUGUGUGUGUGUGUGUAUGUGCUGUUCUAUUAUGUUUGAAGGGCAGCGACUUGAACUUGUGCUUCCAAUCCAAUUUGAGGUGGAGGGCUUCAUGACCUGCAGCUGUUGUCUCAUUAGGAGUCAGAGGACUGCGCUGCUGCUGCUGUGUUUGCAUGUCCUGUUUGUGAAUUCGAGGGUCAGAUCAUGAAGUGUUUCAGAGUUUGAUUAGCUCCUCUGAAUGGCCUCUCUAUUUCUGGCCCUCUGGUUCCUUUUUAAAGCACCGCUAAUAGGAUCACAUCUGGAGUCGUGGACGCACACAGACUUCGAUAGCGCUCGUGUCACCUGUUGAUCGCUGCUGGCCUAUCUAGCUUGGCCUAAUCACAAGCAUCAGGUUAAUCCGUGCACACACUCACAGCCUCGUACAGGUCUUCCUUAUAGAAACACACACACACAGUAACACAGCAUUCACACACUACACACACACUACACACACAAUCCCAUGCUCCACUGUUACUUGUUGGAAUAGCUUAUUUGCUUUAAUCCAGCGCAGCUCAGACAUGCAAUUUUCCAGAGGAUUUAGGGGUUUCAAAGAAUACAGUUAUUUAUUAACCAAGAAGCAUCUGGAAUGCCGUGUAGUUGUUGGAUUAUGUGAGAUGAUGUUAACUUGAGGGAUUACAAUAGUCUGUUGGAGGAUGUGAGGGAUGUCCCAGCCCAGCUGUGAAACUGGAAAUGGUGCUGUAGUGGCGCUCUGCUGAUGGGAUGUGCGGUCCUCUCUUCCAGGUCGGGCGAUGUGUGAAGGAGUGUGACGGACGGCCAUGGGACUGGAGAGACGGUGGCUCCAGGCUGUCACCACUGCUGUAGCCAUCUGUUUGCUAAGUGAGUAUGCUAAUGCAAAUAUGGAUCCAACGCAUAUAUUAACGUGAUUCAUUUCUCCCUCUAGAGUUAAAGGAUGUUCACAAGAUUUCACUCCGUACCAUCGUGUCAUAAAACUGUGAACUGUGUUUUAUUCUGUUAACUGUUCAUUCUCAGCGUCAGAGUUUGAGAAGAGUUUUUAUACAGCUGUAACUUUAAUCUGUCAGGGGUUUUAUUCUGUAAUAAGACAAUAUAUGGUUUAUAAUUUUUUUUUUUGUGAUGUAAUAAAACAUUAUAUUUAUUUUUUUUAUUUAACCUUUAUUUAACCAGGUGAGGCUUAUUGAGAUAUAAAAUCUCUUUUACAAAAGCGACCUGGCCAAGAGGCAGCAAAGUUACAGAGUUACAGUAAAAUCAUUUAAAAUAAAUAACAAUAACUCAAUAAGAAAUACAAUAGAGUACAAUAAAUAAAAUAGUCAGUGAUAGAAUAGAAGCAGUGUAACAUCUUGUUAAAAACAGUCACAAAGACCAAUGCUUUCCAGAAUUUUCACAAAGUCCUUUUUUAGUUUUUUAGUUCCUUCUAUAUAAUUUAUAAUUGUCAUUGUUUAAUAAGACAGCAGAAGAAAACUGUGGGUUCGUCUUUUUUAACUUGUUGAACAGACAAAAAAAAAAGUCUCAAAUCUGUGAAGCUGACAUGGAUUUAUCCCCAGCAUGUGUAAACAGGACUGCAGAUACAUGCAGAUUAAUUAGGAUUAUAAUCUACUCUGUUGGAUCAUGAUGAUAAUAUUGUUUAACACUGUUUUUUUUUUUAAAAUUAAAUUGUGUGGCAUUAUGCACAUGCAGUGUUAAUGCAUUAUGUAAUGAAGUUUACAGCGUUCAUAAGUCUACGCUCACUUUAGGAUUUGCAGGUUUGGAUUAUAAGUUUUACAGAUGGUGCCUAAUUAAAGUAUCAGCUGAUGAAUGAAAAACACGUCACAAAAAGAAAAUCUAAGAGUUGUCUUUCUUUGCAGGAUAUUUUACUGUUAGUGAACAGACGCAUUAAUGAUAUAAAAGCUCCUUUUUCUGUUCGAGCUCGGCGGUUUUAAACCAGCCUGUUUUGCCCGUUAGUCUCUGCGGUGUUUUGCGUAGUUUCACCUGAAGUCAGUGUUUCAUCAGGACCUGCAGUAUGUGUCACUCGCUAUAGUAAAGCCGUUCCAAACCGGUCGGCAUAUGUUGGCCUUUCGAUGCCUGCAUGAAGCCGCCUGAGUGACACUAUGCUGAAUCUGGCACAGCUCCCGUUGCCUUACAUUAGAGGGAAAGUAAAAAGAGGAGGGGGGCGCGGCGCAGACAGGAGCGGACCACCGAGAAUGAGGCCAAAAUCCAAGUUAAAUAAUAUCUCUGGGUGUGGAUUAAGAUCAAUCUGGGAUUUGUACUACCCCCAACCCUGGGCACGCUUCAGUGUGUGCGUGCAUGUGUUUUGAGGAGGGGGUGGUGGGAUUGAUUGAGCUGGUCCGCAGACCAUGUGUGGACCCCAGGGGGUGGUGGGAGGGAGGUCGGCUGGAGAGAGCGCAGAGGGUCCUGCUGUCCUGCAUCAGAGAGUAUCACCACCACCGCCACCCCCCCCCUCCUGAGAUUAAAGUAAUCGCUGGGCCAGAUGAGAAGCAGGCCAACACUGGCACCCAGUAGCACACACACUCACAUGAGCACAUGGCAGUGAGCGAGGGAGAAGAGAGAGAGAGAGAGAGGAGAGGCCGCUCCAGGUGUCACUAAUGGGAUUUCGGUGUGUUUGCAGGCUUUGCAGCGAUGCGAUCUUGUGGCCAAAUGGCUCACCAUUGUUUGACAUGUCCUCUGAUGGCCCAGGUUGGAUCAGGACUCCCUCUGGGGAUGUCAUUCACUCCUAAAUCCAGCUCAGCGUACGCGUUCAUGACAAGUCAGCUUUUUAAACCUGGAGGUCUUCUUGAUCACGCUCCUCGUUUAUCUGCAGAAAUAUUCUGCUAAUGUUUCCUGAGCUCAGCGUGGCGAACUGUCCUCCUCGCAGGAAUGACCAGAAGAAUUCCUGCGAGGUUAAUCCGGCCUCUCUGGCAGCAAUAAGUCUUUCAACAGGCGCAUAUUUCUCCUGCCAUAUAAAGCAUGAUUUAUGUCUGUAUUUACAUUUUUACUCUUUAUAGCCUUCACUGCUAUCUGCAAACGCUCAGAGACAAUCUCACGCUCUAUCUUGUUGGUAUGUCGCUGUCUUUGCAGGUGUGUCUCAAGGCGAGGCGUCGCUGGUUCGUGCCAGAGAGGGGGGCUCUGCAGAGCUGGGCUGCAGUCUCACUCCCACAGCCAAAGAAGCCACCUCCCCAAACCUCUUUCCUCUGCAUGUGGUGGAGUGGGUGCGCCUCGGCUUCAACGUUCCCAUCCUCAUCAAAUUCGGAGUGUAUGCUCCUCGUGUUCACCCGAACUACAAGGGUAAGAGUCGUAACGGCGAGCUCCAUCACACACUCCUCUCAGAAAACCGUAGGACGCGUGUUUACCUGACUGUAGGUCCGGAGACAGUUUCUGUGUGAGACCUUUGAAAACUCUGCAGACUCUGGAGCUCUAAUCACAGUUUGUUUCUGAAAGUCUUCAACAGACUGACCGCUGGCUGACAGAUUUCUCCAAUUAUGGUUUUAGAAAGGAAGGGAGGGGGGUGUCCAUGUGGCAGCGUUUCUCUUUUACCACCAGUUACACAUGCAAGUGUGUGUGUGUGUGUGUGUGUGUGUGUGGGCACAGGUAGGCGUAAAGAGGUUGCACCUGUAUUUAUGAAGACUUGGGGAGGGGAAGUCUGGAUGAAGCAGUAAUCCUUACAGACUGCAGACCCUGUCAUUACUGCUGCUGAUGUUUGCAGAGCAGGAGGGGAAGGACCGGCAUGGAGGGGUUUUAAUGGAGCCAGUUAAAGGGGGGGUGGGGGUGCAGAGCUGAAGGAAGGAAGGGGGCGACCAGGAACGCCGUGCAUCCAGGGAUUAGGAGUGUAGGUGGGUGGGGGUCCUGGUGGUCUGAUGACAGUGUUUUAUUAGUAUGCUGAGGGGUGACCCAGUAAGAGGAGAUUGUUGUGCUGGAAGGAGCGUGGAUGAAGCACUGGGAAUAAUGGGAGUUUUCUCGCUGGAGCCCUAUAAUCCUGUUAUUGUCUCGCAGAGGACAAAAGACAAAGAGGGGUAUCACAACCUCCCUGUGCUCUGCCAAAGCUAACAGGCACUACUAGGACACCCCCGAAAUCCCAUACUGUCCCAACUAGGUCAGGGAAACGACCACGAAACAGUGAAAGACCCCGUCUUUGAACGGGAGGUGGUUCUGAAGCUCGCUUCUACCACCCAGCUGACUCAGGAACCACAAACAGACUCCCUCUGCUGAAGAACGGUGCUGCAUGUGUUUACACGUUAGACCGUUAACCGUGUCAUUGUUUCGAGGCGGUCAUCUGAUGCACACGCCGUCAUAACGAAGUAAACAACAGAGAAACACGGAGAAGAGGACCCUGAUGGUUGUCCUCAUAUUCUUGAACCCCUGCAUGUCCUCGUCUGGUGUGGGCUUCACUGUCCGCCUCAGAUCUCAUCUCUCCCCUCCCACUGGAGGCAGAUGGCUGCAUGUGAAGCGUGUCAGCAGCAGCAGCAGCAGCAGCAGCAGCGCUGUAGGUCUAAUGUAUUCUACCCUCAAAUUAAAUGUCAGGGGAUUUCAGUUUUAACCACAAGACAGUGAAGAAGGAGAAGGAGAGCGUUUCCUGAUCUUUGUCUGGGCCUGUCUGAGAUCAGCAGCAGGAUCAGAUCUGCGCCGCUGUUCAGCUGUUGUUCAGGGUGGAUUUGCAGCUGAACUGCAGCGUCUAAUAAAGUUAAGUGAUCUGUCAGAUUUCACUCUACAUUAUUAAAUCAAAGUGAUAUCCUGUCCUCCUCCUCCUCCUCCUUCCUUUGGUGCUCUUCAGCUGCUGCACGUCUCAGUAGGCUAAAAUAAAACAUAAAACACGGUCCGUCCGUCUGUCUGUCUGUCCCCGCUCUGCUGCCUUGUCUCAGCCUCACUGAUGCUAUUUGCCAUUUUUAGAAGCUGACACCAAAGAAUCAAAGCGGGCGAUAUCACCGAUCCAUUAAAGCUGCGUCUUUUUGAUACGAUAUCAGGUGUAUUUGAGAUCUCAGGAGUGUCCCGGCCUUAAACAGAGCGCUGUCCUCCUGUCGACCCCCUCAGACACCAGCCUGUCUCAGAGAAUCAGGACGGUCUCAGUCCCCCUCAUCCCUCUUCCUCUCUGUUUCACACCCAGCAUGCCCUGCAGGGCCGAACAUUAGUGGACUCACAACAAAGAGGAAACAGCCGAACAGACCGGGACUGACACGCUCUUCUAGUCUGUUUGAAGUGAAUCUGUUGAGACGAUACGUCCAAGUCUGCUGGUGUCAGGACGGUUUACUGUUGCAGAACUAGAUCAAAUGUCUCCUGAGUGCUGAAGUAAAUCAGGAGAGACUGAGAGCCGGGAACUCCGACCUGAGGUUACAACCACAAUGGGCAAACCCCCCCCAUCCCAGCAGGCCGCCACCGCACUCGCAGUCUGACCUCUGAACGCCGCAGAAGUUAGGACUAACAAACAUGAACAAGUCAGGCUCACACAAACCCAAACCAACGAACCCUGGACUUUCUAAACCCCCCACCUGAGGUCUCUUGUGUGUAAUCUAAUAUUCAAACACACCUCUGUUUGAAGACGGCAGAAAAUAGAGCAGCUGAAAGAUGAGACCGAUCACCUCCGCUAACCAGUUUUUCCUCCAAAACUCGACCUGAGUGAUUCAUGGCAAACAACCGCACAAAGAAAGGAGAAUAGAUGGCCGACGUUCAGGAAUUUUCUGUUUUAAAGCUGUUAGAAAAUCUCUGUUACCUCAUUUAUGUGUGUGAGGUAAGAGGAGCUGCUGCGGAAAGGUUUUUUCCUCUUUACACGCACAAAUCCACGGCUCUGUGAUCGAUUAGAUAUGUCCCUGUGAUCGAUUAGAUAUGUCCCUGUGAUCGAUUAGAUAUGUCCCUGUGAUCGAUUAGAUAUGUCCCUGUGAUCGAUUAGAUAUGAGAGGACUGACUCUCAGGUUUUUCCGACCUUGCCUCUUUUAUUUUGAAAAGUUUAGUAUCCUGAUGAUGGGGAUUUUUGUUUUUUUCAAGUGUUUCCUCGUCGUUAUUUUUCCGGUUAAGGAUCUAAAGUCAAAUUUAGGCGGCGGUUAAUUAUUAACAUGCGUGUUAUCUCAGUCUGAACAGCAAACAUAGUUGAGGAUCUGUGCAGGAAAAACCCGCUCUGAUGCCUCUGAAUCUGGACUUAACUCUGUGUUUUAAAGCUCCAGUGAGGAGGUCCGUGUUUAUGUGGAUUUGGGCGUCAUGAUUUCCAGUUAGAUUAAAAAGUUUUACUCCAGAGUUCAAAAGAAGGUUCGUACUUUAGAUUAAAAACAGGGACAGUCCUGACUGAACUGCGUGUGCUUUCUGGUGCGAGGGUUAACCGAGCCGGACGGAGCGAGAGGGGCAGAGUUAACUGUAAUCUAUUCCACGACAAAGAGCUAUUCAUAAGAGGGUUAAACUGAUUAGAGAGACAGGAGGAUUGAAGAGAGAAAUUUGGGGGAGUGGGAGGGGUGAGCUGUCAGAGCCGGGGGGCCGGGCCCAGACUUAUGAUUGUAUUCAAAUCAAAACACAUCCCACAAUGCACCUCUGCCCCCGACUCUCUUAUGCACAUACGGAUGGACAAAGAAAAGCAGAGCUGAUGCUUCUGCAAACAGAAUAAUCUGUCUUCCUCCGCCGUCCCCCUGCUAUUGUAUCACAUGUGAUCCACCGUACAGAACCCUGGUGCUGCUCUGUCAGUCAGAACCUCUGAGGCUAAAAUCACCCGUUGGUUUAAUAAAGGCGUGUCUGAGACGCAGAGUGGGUAAAAUGUCGGUGAAGAAGAGAGCUGUUUUACAAAAUGACAAAUAAUCCAGUUUGAAGCUCCAUCGGCGCCCCGCUGAAACGCCAUUGUUUCACUGUCAGAAACUCUUAAUCAAGCUGGUCGUUAAAAAAAGAAGAGGAGAUCAGGAAGACAAGGCCGGCUCCAGGCCAGCCGAGUUAUUCCUAACCCGCCACCCACUGGGCCAGAACCUGACUCCCGCUAAUAUGGAGAAGAGGGCGCUUCUUAGAGGUUCACACAGCACUCACGGAUUAGCCUUUCCAUUUAUUACCCUUGGCUGCACCGCGGUCCAACCUGUUGGAAACAAGGGCUCAUUUCAAGAUGGACUGGAGGCUGUCAUGUGAUAGGAGGAGGAGGAGGAGGAGGAGGAGGAGGAGGACGGACACGAGAGAGGAGCAGCAGCUAUUGUUUCAACCCAAGAGUCUGACCGUGAUGUUGGUCUCUGGAGGACGACUUGUGGACAUUGUGCUGAUGUAGAAACCGGGGAGGGGGGGUGAUGAAUGUGUCUGACGGGGAGUUUGGGAUCACAGAGGUCAGAAAGGUCGAGCUCUCAUUGGUGUUCAGAGGAUUAUCGAUGCACACAUUUGGAGUAACCUCGCCAUAACCUCAGGCUGAGUGUCUCUUUGAAGAGGUUCCCAUCAGAAAAUAAGAAACUGUUGUUUUUAAACUCUUACUCUGUUCAAUUAUUAAAGUAUAUAUCUGCGUUUUAAAGCUCCUGUGAGGGAGGGAGGAGUGGAGUUUUUGAGGAAAAACUGAAACUCACAGUGACGCCGUUUCAAAGACUGAAAAGUUUAAUUUCUUCCUUUUUAACACCUGAAACUGGAGCGAGGUAACGCAGCUGCAGAAACAAACAACCCUGAUUUUACUUUUUCCAAAUGACUUGUUCACAGUUAAGGCUGUAUUCAUGGGUUAGCAGGCUGGGGUUCUUUUAAAGCUCCUGUGAAGAGAUUUAGGUUUUUGUCCGUUUUAGCGCCUCCUGUGGACAAAGCGGGUUCUUGUUUCAACAGAAAUCUCGUCCUGCUGAUUUUUAUUUUUUUUUAAUGAAGUGAAACUCAAACAAUCCUUGACAUCAUCCCAGGUUGUGUUUGACAGUGCUGAGGACAUGAAAAAAGACAAGAGAGAAAAAGAAAAUCCACGGGUCACAGAAAUGUGAAUAAAGAAGUGGACAGUUUUGUGGGGUCCCCCUCACUUAGAGAGAUAUCACCUCCUCACAAAAACCUCAGACCUCAGUUGUAAUUUAGCAGUUAAAGCCUCCACUCCACACUCCUCCCUCAGUUUCUGUUUCCACUGUAGGUGGCUGUGGAUUCGUCCAUUUUAUUGUCACCAUUUUCCUUCAAGAGUUUAUGUAACAGGUGCUUUUGGUCUCUAGUGUUCAUGUCUUCAGGAGUUCGAUCGAAGAGAAACUGACUUGGGGUGAAUAAUAAUAUAUUAAUCCCCAGAACUUUAUCGAUCUCGCUCUUUACCCUUUUCCAAAAAUGAAGCAUCAUUGUCCAGUCCUAAAAGUCGCCAACCGCUCCACAUCCUCUCCAACAGUAAACUGGGUUAUCGACGAGUUUAGAGACCAUGAAGGCGUCUGAAAGAACUUUGUCUUCACCUUCCAAUCAAACUCCUUCAGUGCUCGUUGUUUCCCAUUCCCCGUCUUCAGUUAUAAUAUUUAACUCAAGCUCCCGUUUGUUUUGAAUAUAAAAAGUUUUGUCUGGAAUAUCUAGUAACAGAUUUCUGUAUUUAUGGGUAAUUGAUGUUUAAAUAUAUUAAUAAAGUAAGUUUCUGUGUUCGUUGGAGUAUUUUUACUUAUAUCCCAGUCCUGAUGGUCUGUAAUUUAAUUCCUUCUCUGAAAAUACCGGAACAUGUCACUUUGGGGUAGACAGAAUUUAUCUCAUAUUUUAAUAUGUCGGACUAUUUCACGUGUCAGUCAUCAAAACAGGUCUGACUAAGGCUGAUACCGACCCACCUGCUCCACUUUAGAGCAGAGAUAUUUAGGAUCCAUACGGUGGUUUUUAACAUCACAUCAAUAUCGACUUUGUAAUGACGUCAAAAACCGCUAACAGGAGCUUUAAUUGUGCAUCAGAGAGAAAAACAACAACAGAGCAGAGGGCAGAGCACCUGCCGAGCUCCAUUCAAGAUUCCAGUUCAAGUCCGAAGAUUCAACAUUCAGACGUGAAUAAAACAACAUUUGUCACACGGCGUCAGGCUUUUGUCCGUCUGAAGACUGAAAGGAAAGCCGUCCCUCUCUCUGGCGUCUCUUUCUUUUCUCUCUGGAGGUGACGGGUUUUUUCACCCUCCAUGUUUUCUCCUUCUUGUAAUUUUUCAAAUCUCUGACAGUAAGAGCCCAACCCCCCGUCUGUAUCAUCCAGCCUCCCUCGCCCUGCGUUUGGCCCCGCCAUGUUUCUACAGCAACUGAAUUCAAAUCUAAACCUACAGCCCGGGCUUUUCUUGGUCACAUCGCUAUGGUAACCUGGGAGAAUGAGGAGUGGGGGCUGCCGUCUCUUUGUAGUGACGGACAAGAGGGGAGGCUACGGGAAAGGGUUAAGUGUUGGACAGUGAAACCAGAAUUCCCCUGCAGGGACCCGAGGGUGGGGGGGGGCAGGGCUCUCUGAAUUUUUGAAAAUCAACAUGUAGACCGACCCACGUGGUCCUGGACCCACGAGACCCGCACACACGGUCAGCGUGAGGGAUUUUCAGAACAUGACAAGAGGCGUUAUUCUGAGCUGCAGUGAUCCUGUCAUAUUUUUCCAUGUGAGGAUUAACUUUGUGUUUAAGAGCGUUUGUAUGAUUUCACACGUGAGAGUGUUUUUCUUCUCUCCUCCUCCUCCGCCUGCAGCAGCAGCAGCAGAAAGGUUUUCACAGGAAACACCUCGCUCCACGAGGGAGGAGAAAGCCUAAAGUUAUCCUCACACACCUGUUAUCAUCUCCCUGCACAUUUCCUCUCUCUCUCUUUGUCUCUCGCUCUCUCUCGCCCUGCCCGGUCGUUUGACAGAUGCAGACUGAAAUGAGAGGCGUUCAUUUCUUUUAUGGUGCCUCUCAAGUGAACACCACCCAUCAAUUGCUGCUCUGCCUUUGGGGAGGUCAGUCAAACAUUAAACCUGACUAUUAAGCUCAGCAACAGGCCCGCUCAGGAAUGCAGGGUUAAUUGUUAGCUAUUGUCGUCUGUCUUUACUCUCAGUGUGUGUUUCAACCCUGCCUUUAGGCCGCGUAUGAAAGUCAUCAUAGCUCUCAGGCUCGGCCGUCUGGAGGGGAACGGUGUGAAUACGGAGGAUAUUGUCUUUCUCUUGGUAUUGUUGUUUCUUCAGGGUUACAGAGCGUUCAGUAAUCCUCUGCUCCUAUCUGUCUCCUGUGUUAGAGUGACGACAGCAGCAGGUUUUCAGAGCAAACGCAGCAUCGGAGAAACAAAAACACUGAAAAUACAAAUCUACAAACACAACAGGAAAGAAAACAUCAUUAGAAAUAGAGCGAUCAAUCAAAGACAGGAUCAGGACAAGGAGAUCCCCGAGGCUGGGAUCAUGUCUGCAGACACUGUGAUGAUGGUCUGUGGUCUACAGUGGAGAUCACAGGUGUCACAGUUUACACACAGUGACUGAAACUCUUGUUUCUAAUGACGGGAUGAAACCAGUAAAUUUAAAAAAAAACAGUAUAAUCCAGUUCAGAGAUCUUAAAUUCUCCAGUACGAGGCCGUUCUACUUCAAACUCUAAGUUUUUUUUCCCCUCACGUCUGAGCUGCUGUCGUCGCUGCGCUCUCAGCUGAGGUCUACUUUUGGAGACCUUCUCUGGACCACGCUCUCUGCUCCUGAUGUUUCCUCAUGAUUCCUCUCGAUUGUUUUUCAUUCUUCUUUGUAAAAUUACAGUUUAAUGAAAGUAAAUGUGAAGCAUGAGGAGCUUUUAAACACGCUGCGGUAAAGACGGUCUCAUGUGGAGAUAACAGCCUGCAGGAAUCACAAGCUCCCUACUUCACCGCAGUGCACCUGUCCAGGUGUGCAACAAUAUUUAUCCUUUUAAUAUUAGUUUUUAAAGUUUGAUGCAUUUGAAUUAUCGUCCAAAAACAGUCCUCUUCUCCUGGAGCCGCUGUGUUUUUCUGUUUUGUGCUGUAGUGUGUCAUUUCUGCUCGGUUGUGUUUUUAUUGUGAGUAUGAAGUGAAGACAGGGUUUGGUUCUGAGCUGUUUGUGAGUUUUCUGAGAGUAGGUUGGAGACCAGGUUUGGAGUUCACACUUUAGAGGACAAGAGGAAGAUUUGUAGAAAAGUGUUUUUGAACUGGAGAAAAACUUAAACCAGCAGUAAUAAACACUCUCUCCAGUAAAUAUGAGGGUCAGAACAUCAGCCCUGUGAAUGUGAAGUAUGAUCAGAGAUUAUGUUUGUAUUCAGAGUUAGUAUUUACUCGCAGCGUCAGUCCCGUCAGCUGCAGAUAUGCACCGGAAGUUUCUCCACGUCCUCCUGUUUACUUUCAAACUGCAGACCGUCGAUGAACAACGUGUGAGUUUCUCCCCCCGCCUGCAUCCUCCUGUCGUUUAAAGCCCUGAGAUUGAAGGGGGGAAAAAAGAGUUCAUUGAGAGGCAGAAUAAAAGGGUGGAGGGGAGGGUGGGUGGUGGUGGGUGGGGAAGGGUAACUUCAGUACCCUGAAAACCAGGCUGCAGUCACCAGGCAACCAGCAGAUCAAGUUUCAAAGCCUGACAAGGAGCCGUAAGAAGUAGAGAGGGAGUGGGUAUGGAUCUGUGUGUGUGUGUGUGUGUGUGUGUGUGUGUGUGUGUGUGUGUGUGUGUGUGUGUGUGUGUGUGUGGGCUCACUCAUGGACCCAUCUGUGUCUUCUGAUGGUUUUCACACGAGUUCAUUGUUCCUCCCUAACCUCAUCGAUGAAGAGGACGGUCUUUACUUCAGUCUGUGGUUCUGCUGCAGGUCCAAACACCUCCUCUCUCUUCUAGUGUUCAGAUGAAUCUCCUCCUGGCUCUGCUCUCCAUCACCUCCACCCAAAACCCUAAAUGACAGGAGGUCAUCUGUAAUCAUGCUAAUCUUUACUGUCAUCACUGCAGUGAUUCAUGUGUUUGCUCUCUAACUUUGGACCAGGACUUCUCCUCCUCCUCUCCUGUUUGUGUUUUAGGAAACUUAUUCAGAGGUUUUCCCACGGCUCAGAUCCUGAUGAGUAGUUUGGGGCAUUAACAGACACCAAAAGUACCCCCACCCACCACCACCACCACCACCACCACCACCCUGCUGCUGCUAACCAGGGACAGAAAAAAACACUAAAAUUACGUGUUUGUUUUUAGUGAUUUUGGCUUCAGUCUGGAUCACAAACUAAAGGGUUUUAAAUUCUCACCUGAUUUUAAAAACUGAUUCAGAGCCCAGAGAUAAUAAUAAUAAUAGUAAUAAUAAUAAUAAUAAUAAUAAUACUGCUACUACUAAUAAUAAUAGUAAUAAUAAUAAUAAUAAUAAUACUAACAGUAAUAAUACUACUGCUACUACUAAUAAUAAUAAUAAUAAUGAUAAUAUAAAAUAUAUUAUUUAUUAUUAUUAUUAUUAUUAUUAUUAUUAUCUGUAAAGAAAUAACCUGAUAAUCUGCCUUUGCUGACUUUGGUUGGAGAGAGAUUGGAGCCUACGACUGUCUUGUCUGGUGUGUACCAGUUAAACGUGGCGCUCUCUAUCUCCACCAUCUUUUUGUUCAGGUCACAUGAUGAUGAUGAUGAUGAUUGGAUGGUUGUAUUGCCCGUCAUAAGUCGUGGUGUUUGAUAAUCAGUCGUUAUUCUCUCACUGCGUGGAUCGGUCGGUGGCGUUGACUGUGGCCUUUGUGACUCUGCUCGCCGCGUCCUCUAAGCCUCCAUCCUGCAUGUGCUGACUCUGCCUGUCUGGCUGUUUGUGUGAACGUACGUGGGCUCACCCUCUCUCUCUCUCUGUCUCUCGCCCCUUCCUCUUUGCCCCCCCCCACCCUCACCCCUCCUCUCACAGGCCGUGUUUCUCUGACCCGUGGCGCCUCUUUGCUGGUGGAGCGGCUGACCCUGGAGGACGAGGGCUGGUUCGAGUGCCGCAUCCUGCUCCUGGACAGUAAAACGGAUGACUUUCAGAACGGCACAUGGACCUUCCUCUCCAUCACAGGUGCAGCUCUGCAGGAGUUUGGGGCGCUGUUCCUCUCCUCGCUUAUCUCUGGCAGCGUCCGUGUUUAGAAACGCCUCAGUGUGGAUCCUGGCAGGAUGAAUCUCUCCGCCUUUUUUUAGCAGCGUAUGGCGGCGUUUUGUCUGACAGUCUGUGAACACAUCACGUCUCAUCAUUGGGCAGAGAGCUGCUGUUACCCUAGGAGAUCAUUUUAGCAGAACAGCAGAGUAAAUAUGUGGGGCUAAAGGUGAAAGGUCAACCCUCCUAGUGUUUAAUACACAGACUCACAUAUGAAGCUUGUAUCAGAGUAUUAGACCACUGCACAUGUUUAAUAUAAGUGUGUGUUCUCUCAGAGGAUGUGUGUUAAUCCAAAUCCAGACAUGACAAAGAGUCUUGGUCUUUCUCACCGAUGACAUAAUUUACCCAAAAGCCCGUCUGUUUCCUGAGAGUGUGACUAUUUUUAGCCUCCAUGAGGAACAACCAUGAAUGUGUCAGUGUCCUUUAACCGCCGAACACACGUAUCUGUCGGUCCAGAGUUUUGAUCUGGAGAGUUACUGCUUCUGAAAAAACAUCAAUCACCUGAAAAAGAUUCAGUGAAAUCAUUCGAACAUUUCCUCUCAUUUCUGCUCAAACUCUCAUCAAACAUUCAGUCAGUGAAACAAAUCCUCUGUAAAGAGCUGAAACAAAAACCUGAUGCAUUUAACACAAGAGUGAACCUCUGCACCAGGUGAACAGCGUCAACUCAAAAAUCCUGUUGGCUGUUAGGAAAUGUGAUUUAGGAAGGAAGUGUGAAGGAACCCUCAACAAAUAAAGUCAAUUAAAUCAGUUAAAAUACACAACAGCCGUAAAAACAGUAAAAUAAACAGAGCAGGAAGAACGGAGAGUAAAAUCAUCAGAGGAAUUAGAAGAUUAAAUAAAAUGUAAAAUUCUGAUAAAAAGGAUAAAAGGAAACAAAUAUAAACAAACAUCAUGAAGAAGAAAGUUUGAAGAAGUGAUUUAAAGAAGUCACUGACCCUGAAGAUCCUCUCAGACGAGUCUUCACUCCGACUUCACCUGGAAUAUUUCCUGAUAGGUCCCCUGAUAUCAUUUCAUUAUAGAGUAAAUAAUAAUAAACAGAAUCAUUUCAUGAUAAAUUAUCAUUUAAAUCACAGAAAUCAAAGUUACUGUGGAUGAUGAGUGUUUGUGUGGAUCAGCUGUUCACUGUUGAUGUCUGUGUUUCUGGUCUGCGUCCCUCAUGUGAAUAUGUAAAUAAUAAUUCAUCUUUAAUCUCUCUCUCUCUCUCUCUCUCUCUCUCUCUCUCUCUUUGUCGCAGCUCCACCUGCCUUCAUUAAGAAACCUCCGACCUUCGUGGAGGUUUUGCUCGGAGACUCUCUGACUCUCAGCUGUGGAGCUCACGGCAACCCUCGUCCAACUGUCGUCUGGCACAAAGACGAGAGCCGAAUAGAGAAACAUGAAAAAAUAAAGGUGAGAUGGUGAACAGAUGGCUGCAUUAAUGAAAUACUUGAUAAUUCACAUGUUUCUGUGGGAGUUUGAACCUUUGCUGCUCCUCUGAGGUGAACUGCUCUGAUCUGUUGUUGUGGUCUCCACUGAAGCUCCAAAUCCUGGACUCUCUCUGAUCCUCUUCACCUCCACCCCCCCCUCUAGGUGCUCAAUGGUUCCUUGUCUUUGGCCUCCGUCACAAGAAAUAUCUCAGGAGUGUAUACAUGUCACGUGUCCAACUCGGAGGGGAACCUGACCCACUCCACACAGCUGCAGGUCAAAGGUCAGUGCUGGACUGUCACUCAUCAGAGAGAGAGAGAGAGAGAGAGAGAGAGAGAGAGAGAGUCUCUGCUUCUUCUUCCAUGUUUGUCUGGUCUGUGACAGAAACACUGAAGUCCUUCUUCUAAAUCUUCAUAUUUGUCCAGAUUACUACAGAGUCUAUACUGCCCCCUACAGUCCACUCCUGCCGCUGCAUUUACUCCAGGUUUCUAACAGUCUGAUCUGUGAUCCAGCUCAAACACUCAGAGGACCCUCCCAGAGACCUCCAAACAGUUUGAGUCCCGGCCUAGGAGCCGGUCAGACUCGUUCAGUAUGAGGUUUUCUUUGAGAGCUGUGAUUGGUUAAUCCUCAAAGAGAGAUAAAUGUUCAUUGAUUGAUGACAGGACCAGAUCAGACUGAUCACGGUAUCUUUUUCUGAUGUGAUCAAUAUUUCUGUUGUAAACGUUUCUUUAAAAGUUUGACGUGUUUGAAGCAGAUGCCGUUUCUCCACAUGCUGAAGGUCUUAGAUACCUCAGGUCUUCGAUACCUCAGGUCUUCGAUACCUCAGGUCCCAGAUACCUCAGGUCCCAGAUACCUCAGGUCCCAGAUACCUCAGGUCCCAGACACCUCAGGUCUCAGAUACCUCAGGUCCCAGAUACCUCAGGUCUUAGACACCUCAGGUCUUCGAUACCUCAGGUCCCAGAUACCUCAGGUCUCAGAUACCUCAGGUCUUCGAUACCUCAGGUCUUCGAUACCUCAGGUCUUCGAUACCUCAGGUCUUCGAUACCUCAGGUCUUAGACACCUCAGGUCUUCGACACCUCAGGUCUCAGAUACCUCAGGUCUUAGAUACCUCAGGUCUCAGAUACCUCAGGUCUCAGAUACCUCAGGUCCCAGAUACCUCAGGUCUUAGAUACCUCAGGUCUCAGAUACCUCAGGUCCCAGAUACCUCAGGUCCCAGAUACCUCAGGUCUUAGAUACCUCAGGUCUCAGGCAGACAGACCAUAUCCAUGUUUUUCCAGCAGGAUACGAUCAGCAUCUCUGUACGAGUUUAGAGACUGAUGUCUGUUUUUGUUAAAGUAUUUCGACUGCAGUCUGACGGGUCAGAGAAGUCAACCUGGUCGAUGUGUUCAGCUUCUUCUUCUUCCUGUCGGUGUGGUUCUGUCCUCUCUCAGUAAAAAGCCUCUAUAACCUGUCAGAGAUCAGCUGUUUCAUUUACUGAUAUCUCGCUCUCAUUUCUGAUCGUUUCAUUGGCUCGUAGAUGUGAGUGUGACCAGAAACACAGUUUUAUCAACGGUGUUUAAUGAACUCACUGUCGGUUGGUUUUUGUCGUCUGUCUCUCCGUCUCUCAGUUUCUCCUCCUGACAGUAUUUGACGCUCAGAGCUCUCUCCUCUGUGAAUCGUAACUUUGAGGGAAAAUCAAAGUAAAUCGUCUCGUUUCUAAGAAUUUAAAUAUAAUUUUUAUAAUUCAGAGUCUGAAUCUUUGUGAAUACGGACAGGUUUCUGCAUCGCUGUAAAAACACCAUUUUGACUUCAGGAUGUUUGUGUUUCUAAAAGGACCUCCGAUCAUCAUCAUCUCCCCGGAGGACACCACCCUCAACAUGUCCCAGGAUGCAGUUCUGCAGUGUCAGGCCGACGCCUACCCAUCCAACCUGACCUACGAGUGGUUAAAACAAGGACAGAACGUUUACCACAUCGAGUGAGUCAAACCCGAACCUGAUGUUAUCCAUCAUGUGAUCUUAUUUCAGCCUCAGAGCUGCUGAUGUGGAUCAAUCAGAGACCUGAACAUCUUUAGACGUGGAGGUCAGAUACAGGAGUCCAGAACCAGGACUACAGGCUCCGUCAUGAAAAGACACACGCGGUUCUGGCGGCGUGGCGCCCCAUGACCGUGGAUCAGGAUCCAUGUGUGGGGUUUCCUUGAAUUUCUCUGUAUUUAGUCACACAAUGAUCUAUUCUGAGUCCGUCUGUAAAUAUACAGCCUGGAUCAAUAGGGCGAGUUUCCAAACCACACCGCUAAGACAAUCAGAGCCAAUGAGAUUAUUGCUAAGACAAUUAUAUCGUGUUGUCACGGAGACACAGGAGAUUAGCGUUCAGACGGCAGUUUAAUUUCCCAGAAUCCUUCUCCGUGUGAAGAUGGACCUUCAGUUUCCAUUCAGUCUGACUUUGGUCUUCUUCUGUCGGCUUCAGGUCCCUCAAGUCCAGAGUGAAGGUCCUGGUGGACGGGACUCUCCUUAUUCCUAACCUCAUCCCAGAAGACGCCGGCAACUACACCUGUAUCCCGACCAAUGGGAUCCUGGCCCCCCCCUCGGCCUCAGCACACCUUAAAGUCAAACGUAAGGGUCCAGUCUGUGUGGGUCUAUAAAUCCAGGAUCAUCUUGAUGUGGUCUUAAACGAGUCCCUCUUCUUCCCUCAGAUCCGGCUCGAGUCGGCCGAAUGUCUCGAGAAACCUACCUGCCCUCAGGUAUGGAGGGGGUCAUCGUCUGUCCGGUCCAGGCGGAUCCUCCUGUUCUGUACGUGAACUGGACCAAAGACGGGACCAACCUGAACCUGGACAACGUCAGUAAAUCCUGCAGAAACACUCAGAGUUCGUGUCCGAUCAGAACCUCAGGUCUGAUCGUUGUUCUUCUUUUCACUCGUUCAGUUCCCGGGUUGGAUGGUCAACGCCGAGGGAUCCGUGUUUAUAACAACAGCCAAUGACAACGCAGUCGGCAUGUACACCUGUACGCCCUACAACAGUUACGGCACCAUGGGCCAGUCUGAGCCCACCAAGGUCAUCCUGCAGGUAAGACCGGGCUCUCUGUCUGAAACCAUCACAGGUAAGUGGGCCUGUGGUUUUACCGGGUCAGGUGAUUGGACUGGACCACUGUCCCGGUCCUGGUCUAACAGCACUGAGUCAGAUUCAGUGACUAAAGUCAGUUUCAUUCUGUGGUUCUGUGGAGCAUUUUCAGAACCACUUCGAUCGGUCUGAAUCGGACCGAGGGACGAAUAUGAGAACAUGGAUCCCAGACCGUACGUAUAAAGAUGUUCCUCUCUCUCUUCUCCUCCAGGACCCUCCAUCCUUCAAAGUUCUGCCCCGGCCAGAGUAUCUCCAGGAGGUGGGCAGAGAGCUGAUCAUCCCCUGUGAAGCCAUCGGAGACCCUGCUCCAAACAUCACCUGGAGUAAGGUAAGGGGGCGUCAUCAGUCUUAAAGUGACAGCACCGCCUGUGUGACCUCAUCGACCCUCCGGUCUGAACCUGUCCUCAUUCCUCCUCACAGAUUGGCCCCUCCCCUCGCUCCCCGUACGCCGUGUUGGCGAACGGCUCCCUCCUGCUGCAGCCGCUCAACAAAGACCACCAAGGCGGCUGGGAGUGUUUGGCCACCAAUCGUGUGGCGACUGUGAGCGCCGGUACCGUGGUCAUGGUGCUCGGUGAGUGACUGACUCCUCCCCCCUGGCUCUGAAUUUUAGUCGAUCUAAUUUGAUGAUCAGAUAUUUGUCGAUAUAUUUCUGCUUAUUGAUCGAUUAGAUUUCUGCUGGUUUAAAGUCUGACAGUGAAGUGGACGAUAAAGUGGGGGGUCCUCUUUUGCUCCUCAGGUACCAGUCCUCAUGUCGUGUCCUCAGUCCUGGUCACCACGGAGAUGAACCAGGCCAACGUGUCCUGGGUUCCUGGUUUUGAUGGUGGAUACACUCAGAAGUUCACGGUCUGGUGGGUCCAUCUAUGAUCCUGUAGAUCUGAGUUGAGGUUAAAGCGUGGACUGCUCCUUUAGUCUCCUCCUCCUUUAGUCUCCUCCUCCUCCUCCUCCUCUUUAAUGGUCCCUCUGGUCUCUGCAGGGUGAAGCAGUCCUCCAGAGGGAAACAUGAGUGGGCGUCUCUUCCUGUACCCACAUCCAAGAACUACCUGUUGGUGACCGGACUCCUCGCCGGUACCGGUUAUCAGUUCAGCGUCCUCCCUCAGAAUAAACUCGGUUCUGGACCUUUCAGUGAGAUCGUGACGGUGCGAACACAAGGUGGGCGCUCCACUCCUCCACCCUUGACUUCCUGUUGGCUGUAGCUGAACAUCUCUAACCUCAUAUCGGUUCCUCCUCUCAGCUGUGCCCACAGAGGAGCCCACAGUCAUCACCGACCUCCCAAACCUGGAGCCCCCCAUCCUGCUGUCAGCCAACCGGACCCAGCAGGGGGUUCUGCUGCAGUGGACCCCUCCUGAGGAGCCGUCCUCUCCUCUGACCGGAUAUGUUCUGAACGCUCGCCGGGAUCAGGGCCACUGGGUCAUCCUCAGCAGCAACAUCAGCGCCAACCAGAGCGAGCUGCUGGUCCAAGGACUGCUGAGGGUAACCAUGGUUACUGAACGUAGACGCAGCAGCUCUGAUCUAGUAUAUCUAUAUCUAUAUUUAACUGUAUUUAAAGGUGGUGUAGUCAGGAUCUGAGGAAGUUCCAGUUUUUAGGAGAAACCUUGAACACCAAGAGACCAGAUCCUCAGACCCAGGUCCUCAGACCCAGAUCCAAGCUCUAACCCUGGUCUUUGUCCCUCAGGACUCCACCUAUGAUCUGAGGCUGAUGUCUCGCAGUCAUAAAAGACUCAGUGAACCCAGUGAGUCCGUGAACGUGUCCACCAUCGGUAAGAGUCUUCAGAAGAACUCAGGAACAGGUUCAGGAUCAGACCCGGUUUUCCUCACCUGACCUGCUCUCAUCUGUUUGCAGGGAUGGAGGUCUACCCUCUGCGUCCAGGAUUCCUGGAGUUCAUCCCUGAGCCCCUGUUGGCCGGCGUGUUAGGAGGAGUCUGCUUCCUGUUUGUGGCCAUCAUCCUCUCAUUGGUCACGGCGUGCUACAUGAGCCAGAGGAGACGCCGGCGCCGCAGGAAGAGGAGACAAGGUAGGAAACUUGACUCAGAGCUUUGUGAACUUGGAUAAACCUGCAGACAGUGUGAUGAACGUUAGCGUGAAGAGCAGGUCCUCAAAGAUCAUCUCUGAUAUCUUCUCAUACCCGUGUCCUCACUUCCUCUCAGAUCUCCCGUCCGCCCUGCAGAAGAGCUCGUCUCCAGAGUGAGUGUCCUCGCCGGCGUCCAUAUUUAACGUUUCUGUGUUUUGAUUGAAACUUCACAUCUUUGCUCGUCUUUGUCUCCGUCUUCUUCACUCUCAUGUCUCGUCUCUGUCCUCCUCAGACCUCGCUCGCCUCCUCGCAGCCCCGACAGCGUCCUGAAGCUGAAGCUGUGUCCGCCGCUUCCCUUCUUCCCAAACUCCUCCUCCUCGCAGUCGGACCGCUCGUCCUUCGACAAAGGCAGCCGUGGAGAAUACCACGACCAGCGGAGACAGCUCCUGUCCAACUCCUCCCCUCCUCCACAUUACACGCUCUUUGAGAGCCACCUGGGGUCUCAGGCCCCCUCCCCCACCGCCCUGGAGUCCAUCUCCAGAGGUCCAGACGGACGCUUCAUCGUCCAGCCGAUGUUGGAGAGCUCCAGUCCCUCCAACAGGAAGAACUCCAACAGAGACGUCCUGCAGAUUAACGGGGGGACGGGAGGACUGGGCAGCAACAGGACGUCUCUGAGGGACUCGCCAAAGUCCAGCAUCCUGAGCUCCGAUAGGGAGGAGAGGAAGGACUCUCCUCUGACCGUGGACGUCCCCGAGCUGAGCAGACCUCCUCCUUCUCCUGGACGGGUCCGAGCUCUGGCCAGAAACCUGUCCCGUCACGGCUGCUUCUACUCCGACGACGAACACGGGUCCGAGGCGCUGCUGGAGCGAGCCAGCUUCUACUCGGACAACAGCGAGAAGAAACCCAGCGACUCCCUCAGGAGGGGGCGCAUGCAGGCCCACCCUGAAGACCUGUUCCCCGGCCUGGGCAGGAAAACCAGACUCCUGGACCGAGGAUACCAGGCCAUGGAGAGUCAGCUGACCAAUAACAGCACGCUGAUGUCACAGCUGGACGGCGAGCUGGAGAGGGAGAGCAUCAACAAGUGUGCUCAGCUGGCCAAGGAGAGGGAGGAGAUGGAGAAGGAGCUGGAGAACUUCACCUCCGAGCAGAGGAGCCGAGGGAGGGGGGAGGGACCUCAGGGAGACGCCUCCAAACCAGAGGGGGAGGAGCAGCAGCAGGAAGAGGAGGAGCCUAUCUGGAAACCUCAGGACGUCACCAUCAGACACAAACACAGACCCUUGGGUCAGACCAGCAGGGUCUCCGAUUAUCGCCGCGCCUGUUACUUCGGCAGCACCAGCAGUCCCAUGGACCGGGUCCAAGCGUCCCAGAUCCAGUGGGACAUCAGUCCGGUCACGUCCAGGUCCAGCCUCAUCCCCGUACAGAGUCCCCGGACCUGCAGAGAGACCACCCAGGACUCUCUGGACGUGGACUCGUCUCGCUCCCUGGUCACCCAGAACACCUCCCUCCCCACGCUGACCCCUGACCUCACCUCAGAGAGCCCCCCCAUCCUGUGUCUGCAGACCCCAGAGAGAGCCCGGUCCCUCAGUCCUCAGAGGGGUCCAGAGACCACAGAGGAAGGGGGCGGAGUCACCAGGAGCAGGCAUUCGUACGCUCAGUCCUGGGACCAAUCAGCUGACAGGGACAGACCCCCCGGUGACCCGGUCAGGGACCCCAGUCCAUCCAGUUACUCCACCCUCCCCUUCGAACAUCGGGGCGGGGGGGCCAAGGCCAAAGACAAGGACAGCCGAGCGCGGGACGAGCGGGGGGGCUUUUACUCGGAGUUAGAGAGGGAGGGGGUGAGGACCCGGUCCAGGAGGAGUGACAGGUGUCUCUUCUCAGACAGUCCCAGUCCAGUCUCCACCCUGACCCUGGUGGAGGAGGGUCCGAGCGACCAGUCCCAGUUCUCUGUCCCGGGGAUGUCCGGGUCCUUCAAGACCAAACCUGCAGCCCCCUCCCCCAAAAUGUCCCCCCUGCAGACCAGUGCGAUCCUGGAGUAUCUGAGUCUUCCUGGUUUUAUAGAGAUGAGCGUGGAUGAACCCGUGGGCGGUCCUGAGGAUGCCGCCGCCGCUCUGAGUCAAAACUCCGAACUGUCCCAGCAGAAAUCUCCAGGAACCAAACCGGACGUGGUCCCGAAGAACUGGGAGGUCCACGUCCAGGAGAACCGGGACCCUGACUCACACCGGAGGGUCUGCUUCGAGGAGAUCCACUCAGGGGGUCCAGCAGAGUCCGGCUUCCAGAGUCCAGCUGGGAGGAAACAGAACUUCAGAGGAGACCCUCCAGAUCCUCCAAUCAGAGUCCGCUUCCCAGACCAGACCCGAGCCAUGUCACCCGGUCCAGGAAAAACCUGCAGGCAGAUCUACGAUGAGAAGACCCAGCUGAGAGGCUGGACCAGGACCCCAGACAGACCAGAAUCCAGACUGGGACUGAGGUCUGCUCAGACCCUCUUCAGCGCAGCGAAGGGCGUGGCCGACAUCGUGGUCAAACAUCGAGACAGUCAGGACUCUCUGCCAGACCGACCCCAAAGACCCCCCCCUCAGAGCCGGGCCAACAACAUCGCCUCCAGGAUCUGUCAGGCCCCCGUACCCCCCUUCCUGAAGAAGUCCUUGAGCGUGGGUCCCUGUCGGACCCUCUCAGGUCUGGGCCCCCCCCCUCCCUUCCUAAAGAAGUCCGUCAGUCUGGGGUCUCAGAGGUGGGAGCACUUUGAGACCCCCAGGACCUACAUCUCAGAGAAGUCCUACUGGGACGAGUUCCCCCACCCGGACCUCAGGGUCAAGUCCUUCAGUCUGGGUCGCAGCCCCCCCUCCUUCCCCCGACCCGGACCCUCCUGGAGGGAGUACGCCCCCCCCUUCAGAGGACCCAGCAUGGGGAGUUUAGAGAGACUCCACCCCCCACAGAGACCUUUAGUCAGUCCUCCCUACCUCACUCAGACCGCGUACCCCCCCCGACAGACCUCAGUGUCCCCGAUCCUGGAACCCUUAGACCCCCGACGACAAGCUGCUGUUUUCCCAGAAUCCUCCAGGUGGUCCCCCGUCUACCAGGACAGACCUGCACACUGGGUCCCCCUGCCCCACUCCAUCCCUGUCCCCCAUUACCAACCCUGGCCAGCGUCCAGAGAGACCAUGAGGCCCCCGGACCCCCCCAGGAGGGGCCCCCCUAGGUCCUACCUGCCUAGAGGAAUCAGCUGGCCCUCGCCGUACUACGCCGCCCCCUUCCCUCCCAGAGAGGCGGAGGGCUACAGACCGCCGGACCACCGGGAGGGGGGGAGGGCGAGCUACGCCAGUCAGAGCAGCGGGAGAGGAAGCGCCGGACUCUUCCGUCAGUCCCUGUCCAUCACGCCGACGCUGCUCAGCUCCCCCGAGACCACCGAGGAGAGCGAGCGGCACCGAGGGGAGGCGGAGCUUCCAGAGAGGAGAGCCAAAAGGUGAACCCCCCCCAUCUGGAUGGUCUCUGCUCACACACUGGAGGGUCUUCAUCAGAGCGAUCGAUGAAUUUUCCAACUGAAGUUUGUUUUGAUUUCCUGUUUCCUGUUUCCUGUUUGUUUUCUGACGUUUGUUUGUGUCUCGUCUCGGUAGAAGGAACACGUCAGUAGACGAGAGUUAUGAGUGGGACUCUGCUGACGUGUGCGUGGACGCCGAGGUCCUGGAGGCCACCCGGUUUGAUCAGUCACAGGCAGCUUCACGGCGAGGGAGGGCGGAGCUGAGACCUGAUCAGACCGGUGGCGUCCAGGACCGUCAUCAGAAAGGUGAGUGUGUGUCCCCCCCCGUCCUCCGUGUGUGUCGGCGCCGCAUGUUUCUGUGUUUGGUUGUGAUUGGCUGGUUCUGCAUGUGUCCACCCUGUGAUUAUUGUGAGCCUGUGACCCAUCCGUCAUUCCCCUCCCCAGGCCCGCCUCCCUCAAUCAGCCCGCCAGUUUCCAUUCCUCCUCGCUGCCAGUACAGCCGCUCCCUGAGCGAGGCGCGUUUCAACGCUCUCCGUCAGGAGUACCAGGAGUACAGGCGGGCUCAGGAGUCCAUCUGUCCCCAUGAGCCCUGCCUCGCCUCCGGCCACGAAACCGACUCUGACACCAACUCGGCGCUGCUCUAGCAGCUGGACCCGGUCCGUUACUCUGCCCGCCCUCUCACCUCUGUCCUCUUCUUUUCCGCCUGCUCCGCUCGCACGCCUGCAUCCUUUUCCUGCCUGUUACUGUCCCAAACAUGGUCUCUGACCUUCAUGCAUGCUCAGACCUCUGCUGCGUCAUGAAGAGGUUCUGAACGUUCUCCUAACAGCCGCUCUGUUUGUCUCUCUCAGGUUUAUCAAAGACAGAAACCAAAUAGGAGAUCAAAUCAUCCGUCAGCAGCGGCGCUCUGGUCCUGGAGCAGCUCACCUCACUCAGAACUCAGAACUCCUCCUGUUACAGCGGACCGGACCCUUUAUGGUUCUAUCAGCUGUGUGCCAUCAUCACAGAACUCAUCAGAACUCUUUUUCUGCCGUGUAAUGAAACUGAGAAGGGAUUAUUUAUUUUUAUAACUAUCUGCUGAAACUGCAUCUAGGAUUUUGUUUCUAUAACUUUGACAAUCAGGUGCACCCCCCCCCCCCCCUCCCUUUGUUAAAACAGAAGGCUUUAUAAAAGCAGCAGCAGCAGCUCCAUCAUGACGGUGUUAUAGUGAUCAUAUAUGUGCCCAUCACAUGGAGGACACCUCUGUGGGUCUGAACCUCCAUCAACACUCUUUAUCUGUCUGUAGUGUGACCACGGUGCUCAGUGCGUUUCUCCCAUAUGACCCCAGUUAACGUUCGUAAAGAUCACAUGAUCAGACACCUCUGGACUUAGGCGCCGUGUCCACAGACGCACUUUUCUGCACUGGCAGCAGUUUUCAGCUUUUUCGGUUGUUCUUAAUCUUGACUGCCGACUAAUCCAUGAGAGCAGCUAAACGUCACUUCCUGCUGAAUCACUGAUCCUUUCUUAUGAUUUGGGCUCUUGGUGGCCAUGAAAUCAAACAUGAUUAUCCUUCAAAAGCCCCUAAAGUUCCCAUUUACCACCAUUUAAACCACCAUUGACUACUGUCACAACUUAAGAGCAAAGAUCUUAUUCAGUAACCAUGUUCUGCUUUUUUCUUUCAAGAUUUAAUGAAAUGAAAGUAAAUCUGAAACAUACAGAACAUUUAAAAACAGAGCUAACAAUGUAACAGCUCUAGAAACAGUGACCAUAGAUGGAAAGCGCUCUGAUAGAGAGGUGGCGGUUGCUGCCAGCACCAGAAAAGGCCUCAGAGGACGCCGCUCCGGUUUCUGUUGGUCUAAUCAAAGAGUCACUGCGUUAGAGAAGUCUUGUCCUGCUGUGGUUUUCCUGCUGAAUCCUGUUUUUGUAUCUGUCACUACAAGUUUCCAGUGUUGAGAGUUUAUGAAUUCAAUCGUUUGUGAUCGUCCCCCCUGUGUUUGUUCAAAUGUACAAAUGUUUCUAUGUACCUAAAUGUGAAUGAAUCCUUCUUCGGUUGUAUAUUUCACUUCAGCCUUUCAUCAGAAGAGGAAAUGCUACUUCACUCCACCUGAAUCAGUCCACCUUUGCCUCUGAACUCACAGAAAAACUUUAAAAACAGGGAAAAUGAUUUCUGCCUUAUUAUUGUGGAUCCAGGAGGAACUCACCAGCUGAUGUUUGGAGGACGAAAAACUGACCUGAGGACUGAAAACACUGAAAGUUUUUAAAAGGGUUUAACUCAUAUGCUGAGUCUGUAUUUAUUAAAGUGAGUUAUGAUAUGCAACGAUGUUUACAGCUCACAUCUCUGAUGUGACGGCAACACUGUGAAUAUUUCAUCCACUUCUGCUCUGUUCGGAGUUUUGUGCCCAUUAGACGACAGUUUUUAGUUUUUUCCCCUUUUUUACUAAAAAGUGACUCAAACUGUUUUUAAUGUCUCCUGACAAACCGACUGAAAGAAAAUCUUUGUAGCUAAACUUUAUAAAUUUGUACUGUAUUAACUUAAAUAACCAAGAGAAGAUUCUUCACAUGGAGUGAAUAUGCAUUUCUGAUGAUGGUUUUGGACGUUUUGUACAAACUGGAAAUUUUUAUUUUUGCCACGUGGUUGUUUUUGUCAUUUUUAUAUGUUUGUAAUGAAUAAAUUGUUUUAUUCUGAAUAAGAAAA